AUGCAGGUGAAUAAGAGCGAAAGUGGUGUGACCGACCUUGAUUUAGAGAAUUUGGUACCUAAAAUGCAGAAAAAUCUUCGAGAAAUGUCGAAUCUCUCGCCAAAAUUGCCCUCUAUUCCUUCCUUGCCUCACCAAAAUUAUUCUGAUUGUGAUUCGCGAGUAGAAAAGACCGAGUUCUAUCGAGAAAGCAUCAAGAAAGCAUUAUCAGACACACACAUCAUGAAUACAUUAACAUUUGAACAAACUUACCUCUUGAGGAACGGGCGAAUGUCUUAUAUCACCGGUGAAGAGAAAGAAGAGUUCAUCUAUGACAUUCUACAUAACAUCUUCGUUGUCACAGAAGAGCUAGACCUUGAACAUCGCUGCAAAGUGUUGGAGAAACGACUUCGAGGAAGAAUCUUGGAGUUCUAUCAAGCUUUGGACAAGAGUACGGAUUAUUUCGGAGACAUUAUGGAUCCACUCAUGGAAGAAUUCGGGUACGAGAAAGACAUUGCAGUAGAUUACUUCUCAACAUUUCCUUGUUAUGAUCAAAUUUUGAUUCGUGACCCUCUACCAUCUCAAGACGAGGCCUAUAAUGCAUUCCAACUUCAGAAACAGCACUCAUCGGACAUCAAAAAACUCGAUUUACAUUGUAACUUCUGUGGAAAACCGAAUCAUCUCGAAAAGAGUUGCUUCAAGAAGAAACGAGAAUGUGUUUUGUCUUCAAAAGUCCUUCCAGAAUCUCAAGAGCAGCGUCAAAGUGACCUUUCUCAGUCUGAUCUGAACAACUCAUCACCUAUCGUUCAUGAUGACCACCCAAAUUUAACAUUCAGCAGUGAUCCAGAAGAAAUUACUGAUCCAAUGGAUUCUUACGACGAAAACUUUAACGAACUUUUACGAUGCUAUCAGCAGCUAUUGGGAAAAAAUAAAAGAAAUACUGGGGUAAGAACCAUCAUGAAGCUAGACAAUGAGAAGUUUACGGCCACUAAUGAGCCAUACCAAAGUAAAAAAGCUUGUGAAUCCGGUAGAAACAUCGAAGAGAAAGGUGAAGAGUGUUCAGGAUUUGAAAAUGGAGAUUUCGAAGAGCUGUUUUACGAACCAGAAGCACCAUUAUCGCACACAAAAGUCAAUUAUCAGACCGAUUAUACUUCAGAAUUAUCGAAAAGCGUGUUUAUGACCUGGAGUAAAGAGAAAACUAAAGAGAGUACUGAUUUUACAGAAAUUGUGGAUGAUUCUCUCUAUCAUGAGUGGAUAAAAGAUGACCCUAUAAGAAAGAAAUGCUCAGAAGUUGAUGUUAAUGUUGAGAAAUGUAAGGUUCAGAAUGAUUUGGAGAAUUUAGAAGAAUCAUGUGUCUUCGAGUGGAUGUCAAGUCUAAUCCUUGACCAGAAUAUUCACAUUUCGGAAAAUUACGAAAAGUACAAUCGCUUUUCUAGCUCGUUUCUACCCGCCAAAGGAUGUAAAUUUAAAUUUUCUCAAGACAACCAAUGUUUGAAUGAUGUAUUGGAUCAACGAAACUUGGUAUCAAAUUACUCGCGAAUCGAAGGGAAAGGAUGCAAGUUUAAGGAGAUAUUCGAAAAUUUUGGUUACGAAGAUUUCUCAAACGGCAAAAUUAUGAAUUCUAGUGAUCUGGAAAGGAAUGAAAAGACUAAAAACUCAAACUCUGAGACAGAUAUCACGUCACCUUACCAGAAAAUCAAAGGAAAAGGCACAAAGUUCAAACUUUUCGAGAUUAUGUGGACCUGUAUGGCAAAAUGUAUUGUAAAUUGCUAUUUUAUUGUGAAAAUACCGUAUUUUAUUGUAAUUUGGUGUAAUAUUUUGAAGGUAUUUCUGUUUUUGAUUCAAAAAUUCUCUAUUUAUUUAUUACGUUUCGGUAAAAAGUCAACUCUGAUAACAUGUUGGCCAGUUUCAGGAAUGCGAAAAAGCUUUCUGAAAACGCCGGGACGUCGUUUAGUUAUUGAGGGGGGAGCCAUGGGGUAUUUAGGAUAUUUUAGGGAUUUUAGGGACUUUUACAUUAACUUUACUCUCGUUUCAUGUCAACACCCGUCGCGCCAGUUCAAGUCACAUCAAGCCCAGUCAAGCCAUUUCCCGCCAGUUCGAGCCCGGUCCAACCAGUUCAAGUCAGAUCAAGCCAGUGACAAUCAGCACCGAGCAACGUCAACUCAACGUGACGUCGAGGACGCCGUCAACAUAUGGGAGGGGCGUGUGGAGCCAGCCGCAUCUGGGCCCUCAAUUGGUCCCGCAACGAUAA